UUUCGCCUUCAAUUAAAAUCGGUACCUCGUAGCGAGCGGUUGUUGCUUGCUGGCGCAAGGAAUCUUCUCUUUCACAGCCCGUCGAUCGUUCGCGUUUCGCGUUUCGGUACGCGCCUUCAGUUCUGUUCCGUUCUUUUUGACAAUUUUAGUGAUUUUAAAAGAUUUUAUCGAAAAAAAGAAGUCAAAUCUUACAUCAUUUUGGAAAGUGUGCUUUCGAUUUCAAGCCUGCAAAAGUGAAACUGAUCGUAGGUGUUGCUGCGCUCCCGGGAAAUCAUUUAGAAGCUGUAACCCCCUUUUCAAACGAUCGUCACCCGCUGUACGCAGCGAAAGUGAUAAUAGCAAAAGUUUGUUAGCUGGGUGUCAAUCGGUGUGCGCGCAGUUCUGCCCAUCUCCCAUAGUGUACGAUCGCGGUUAGUGUUUCGAUAGUGAAAAAUCCGUUUGCCGUCUCUGUGUGACAACAUUGGAGGGUGUGUGUGUGUGUAUCAGUGUUUGAAUUUUCACUUUGCAUUACCAUCGUCAAAGGUAAUGCCAACGAAACCACACACCGAAACCCAUUCAUAGUGCGCCCAACGCUUUAGCAGCUUAGCAGGAAGAAGAUUCCCUCAUCACCACUCGGCCCUACCGAUUCCUUUUCUCAUCCGAAAGAAACGAUUUAUCCGAACAAUAGACAAGCAGCUGUUAUAAAAAAACACAGUGGACGCGAGUUUUCCCUCCUUCGAGUGUAUGUGUGUUCGUUUGUGGAGCUGAUCGUAUUUUGCAGCGCGUGUUUGUGAAUUUUAGUGGCACCGUUGUGCGUGAAUUCAAAAUAAGGAAGCAGAUCCUCACGCGAGCAGUAUGGUUGGGCAGAGAAUAGCAAACUCUUUACUGAAGAGAUCCGCCUUUUCGUCGGCGUUGAAUGUGCUGCCCAACGAGGCAACCGCGGCAACGGCGGCCCUGCUAGAGCCCACGAUUCAGCAGCAGCAGCAGCAGCAACAGGCGGUCAACGAACAAUUCUCCCAUGCAAGACCGUAUAGCGAUGUGCCGGGCCCGAAAGGGUUGCCGAUGAUCGGCAAUUCUUGGCGCUUUGCUCCAAUCAUUGGUCAGUACAAGAUCGAAGAUCUGGACAAGGUAAUGCAGGACCUGCACCGGCAGUACGGGCGCAUCGCAAAGGUUAACGGACUGAUCGGACAUCCGGACCUGCUGUUUGUGUUCGAUGCCGACCUCAUACGCGACACGUUCAAGCGGGAGGACGUGCUGCCUCACCGACCGGCGAUGCCCUCGCUGCGCAACUACAAAUCGAAGCUGCGGAAAGACUUCUUCGGCGACAAUAUGGGACUGAUCGGUGUGCAUGGCGAAAAGUGGGAUGCGUUCCGUGCCCAGGUCCAGCAGGUGAUGCUGCAGCCCUCCACCGCCAAGAAAUACAUCGCACCGCUGGAUGAGAUCUCCAGCGACUUCAUGGACAGGAUUCAAGAGAUGCGUGACGAAAAUAACGAGCUGCCGGGAGAUUUUCUGCACGAGCUGUACAAGUGGGCGCUAGAGUCAAUCGGACGGGUGGCACUCGACACACGUCUCGGCUGUGUGUCGAAGGAUGGCAACGACGAGUCGAAGCGCAUCAUUAACUCCAUCAACACCUUCUUCUGGACCGUGGCCGAGGUCGAGCUGCGAAUGCCGAUCUGGCGCAUCUACGAGACGACCGCGUACAAAAACUACAUCGGCGCGCUGGACACAUUCCGAGAACUUUGCAUGCGUCACAUCAACAUUGCGAUGGAGAAGAUGAACAGCAGCACGGAGCAGAAGAGCGAAGAGUGCAUCUCGCUGGUGGAGCGAAUCCUACAGAAGACGAACAAUCCAAAGAUUGCGGCAGUGCUUGCGCUCGAUCUGAUUAUGGUUGGCGUAGAUACGACAUCCGUUGCGGCGACAUCUACGAUUUACCAGCUCAGCCAAAACCCGGACAAGCAGGAGAUCCUGUUCAACGAGAUCAAGCGCAGCAUGCCGUCACCGGACACUAAGUUCACGAUAUCGAUGCUCGAAACCAUGCCUUAUCUGCGGGCCUGCAUCAAGGAAACGCUGCGCAUGUACCCGGUGGUAAUUGGAAAUGGGCGCAGUCUGCAGACAGAUGCCGUCAUCGGUGGUUACCAUAUUCCCAAGGGGACACACGUCAUAUUCCCGCAUCUGGUCGUCUCGAACCUGCAGCAGUAUUUCCCGGAGCCGGACCGUUUCGUGCCCGAGCGAUGGCUCAAGCGGGGCGAGCUGAAGGAACAUUCCGGCUGUCCGCACGCCGGCCAAAAGAUCCACCCGUACGUGAGCCUCCCGUUCGGGUACGGACGGCGGACCUGCAUCGGGCGCCGGUUUGCCGAGUGCGAGCUACAGAUACUGCUCUCGAAGCUCUUCCGGCGGUACCAGGUGGAGUAUAACUACGAGAAGCUUACGUACAAGGUGAAUCCCACGUACAUUCCCGACAAGCCGCUGAAGUUUAAGCUGACCGAGCGGAACAGUUAAAGCGGACGUUUGGGAGGAAAAUAGCACACCAGCAGCCGAGGUUCGUGUCCAAUGCCAGUAUCGAGCACGUCGGGACAAUCACAGCGCGAACACGGCUCAAGCUGUUAAGCUUAUGUACAUAUACCAUUAAAUGUUAAAUAAAGUAAGAUAAAACAUUAUUAUCAAUAAACGAAGUUCAGCUUGAUGUCACACCAUCA